AUGGGUAUGUGUUCAAUUUUUUUCAUUUUUUUUGGAUCAAAAUUUUUUCCUCUUAAUACAAUUUAAUUUCCGAAAUCAAACGUUUUUAUCCACGUGGAGGUUUCGAAAAAAAAGAAGUUAUGAAAUUUUGUUUGUUUUUUGAGUUUAGAAAAUGAGGUUUCUAUCUCCAGAAUCUUGCAAGAUGGAUUUCUUUCAGAAAUUUUUCCGAAAACUUUAAACAAAAAAAUUCAAUUUUUUAUUUUUUGAAAAAUUACAAAAUCUUGAUCUUUUUGAAAUAUGCUUUUUGAAAAAUUCCCAUUUUUACAACAUUCUAAUUUCUAGAAAAUGUAUACUUUUUUGUAACUAUGACUACAUUAAAAAACGUGUAUCCUAGGGACAAUUUUUUAAUUUCCGCCUCUUCGUUUUAUUCGUGUUUUUUGCUUGCUAACUGAAGAAAAAUGCCAGCUUCUGGUGAUUUUUCGAAAAUUAAAGUUAGACGAAAACCUAAGCCCAAAAAAGCCACGUCAUCUACUGAAUCUACAACUAUUUCCAAAAAAUCCAAGAAAUCUACCGGAAGGUCGAAAAAGUCUACGGUUACUGUAAUUAUUCCUAAAAAGCCUAAAUCGGAGUCUAAGCCUAAAUCGAAGCCUAAAAAUAAGCCCAAGAAAAAGAAAAAGAUCAAAAAAGGUAAGAAACAUACUUUUUAUUUUUCAAACUUGUAAACUUGGCGCCAAAAAUUAAUUUGUGAUAUUUUUGGAACAACCUAGAUUAACCUAGUUCACAAAUAAUUUUUAGAAACUCAAAAAAAUCGACUGGGAGGUCUCAAAAUAUUCCAUUACUGUAAUUACUUCUGAAAAGCCCGAUUCUAAGCCUAAAAACACUACAUAAACCUGAGCCCAAGAAAGAAAAAAAUCAAAUUGGUAAGAAAAUCGAUAAAAGCAGUGCACUUUUUUCCCCUCCACCUCCCCUUUUUCAAACAAAUGUUAACCUAUCCAAAAAUGUUUUUUCAUAUAAAUUUUGCAAUAAAACUGACCAUGGAUAGAUUGUUUGCCUGUCGGUUCCCCCUUCCUCCAUAAUAAUCCCUCGUCUUAUGCAAAUUUUCACCUUUUUCAAUUUCCUCUAAAAAUUUUCGGACGUAAUCGUAAUAUACAAAAAGAAAGACCACGUUUUUCGCUUUUUUGCUGAUAAUAUUUUUUUUUGAAAAAAUAAAAAAAAAUGAUUAUUUUUUUUCGCCGGCUGGCUGACUGGGCUGAUUCACCCUUUUUCCAUCAAUUUUUCUGCCAAAAAAAGACAAUUCGUAUAUUUUUCCUUUUUCAAACUUUUUUUUGGACAACUCUUCGAUAAAAAAGUAUUUAGAUGAAUCAUCGAAAAAAUCGUUUUCUGAUAAACUUUAUUAGUCAUCCAAUAUUUACCUACAACAUCGACAAUAAAAUAGAUAAAUUUUCCUGAUUUUUUUCUUACAGUUUCAGCUUCAGUUGCACCAGAAAAAUCGUCGGUUACGAACGCUUUUCAGGACACAAAUAGUAAAAUACAAGGUGAGUAAGUAAUAACGUUUUAUCACACAAUUCACAAUUUUGAGUGACGUUGAAUUGUAAAACACAAAAAUUUAUUAGAAAAAACGCAGAGAACAAUGAUAAAAGUAGAAACAUUUACUCAAAAAAAAUUAAUUAUGGAUCUUUUGGCGAUCGAAAAAUUUUGAUUAUGUAGUAAAAGUUUUAUGUGGACAAAAACCCUAUUUUCAUACUUUUCGUUCCAAAUAUGUGAAAUGUUUCCAUUCUAAAGGCACAUGCAAAAUAUUUUUAAUCCAAAUAAUAAUCUUUUUGUUAAAUAUGCGCUUUUUCAAAGUUUAUUCUAUUUACCCUUUUGUCAUGGCAGCCUUAUUUGUGUUAUUUUUGAGGUAUGUGACUUUGUGCCCCAAAUUCCCUCACAAGACAUCAGUCAAUCCCAAAAAUUAUUUUUUUUAAUUUCAGAUUCGACAAGUCCUCAAACCUCGAACCCUCCAUCAACACCAUCCAAGAAAAAGUCGAUGUUAAGUUGGCUGCCAUGUUGUUCGAGUAUAGCCGGAAACUCGAAAGAUCAGAAAACUGUGACAGAACGAAGGCUUCGAGCUAACGAUCGAGCAUAUAAUUCACAAUUCAAAUAUGCAGAUAAUUUGAUCAAAACUUCAAAAUACAAUGCAAUCACUUUUGUUCCUCGAAAUUUAACUGAGCAAUUCACUCGAAUAGCCAAUGCUUAUUUUCUAAUUUUAAUGAUUUUACAAUUUAUUCCUCAAAUUUCUUCUAUAUCAUGGUAUUCGACUGCAGUGCCAUUAUUUAUUGUUUUAGCAUUUUCAGCGAUUAAAGAUGGUUAUGAUGACGUGGUAAGUUGUUUUUUCGGUUUUUGAUGUGGUUCUCACAGAGCACAUUUUUUGUUGAAAAAAUAUUCGUACACAAAUAAAUAAAUAAAUAUACUGUGAUUUCCCACAGCAACGACAUAUUUCCGAUCGUCGUGUAAAUGGUCGAAAAUCAUAUGUUGUUAGGAAUGGAACACUUUGUGAAGAAGAAUGGAGCAAUGUAAAAGUUGGAGAUGUUAUUCGAAUGAUGUCUAAUCAAUUCGUCGCUGCUGAUCUAUUACUUAUCUCAACUUCAGAACCUCACGGAAUGUGUUAUAUUGAAACUAUGGAACUUGAUGGUGAAACAAAUUUGAAGACUCGAGGAGCUAUGACAAAUACUGCUUCUAUGGGUGAUGAUCUAGAUUUGAUAACAAAAUUUGACGGGGAAAUUGUGUGUGAACCACCGAAUAAUAAAUUGGAUAAGUUUCAAGGAAAACUCAUUUGGCAAAAUCAAGAAUUUGGAAUUACUAAUGAGAAUAUUCUUUUGAGAGGUUGCAUAUUGAAAAAUACCCGGUGGUAAGAUUUUUUCAUUCAGAGAUUUAUUGUUUAUUAUCAACGAUGAAAAAUGUGGCAGCUCGUAAAUAGAAAAUUAGCGCCGAUGAAAAAAAUAAUUCAAUGUUUCUGGGGCGUUGAAAGCGCUGCGUGAGAGCGUUGCGGUUGGAAAAAAAAAUAUUUUGAAUUUUCAUGGAAUUGAUCAAUGAAAAUUUUUGAUCUACUCUCCCAUGUGUCUAAAUCUCUCAAAACGACUCAAUAUUUCUUGAUCAAAAUAAAAACACUUGCGUUGCCGUUCUUUUGAUUCGUCAUCCAACCGCAACGCUCUCACGCAGUGCUUUCAACGCCCCAGAAACAUUGAAUUAUUUUUUCAUCGGCCCUAAUUUUCUAUUUACGAGCUGCCACAUUUUUCAUCGUUGAUAAUACUAAAACAUUGAAUUCAGGUGUUAUGGAGUUGUUGUGUUUGCUGGAAAAGAUACAAAACUUAUGAUGAAUAGUGGAAAAACCAAGCUGAAAAGAACAUCAUUGGAUAGAUUUCUUAAUAUUUUGAUCAUGGGAAUCGUACUGUUCCUAAUCGCAAUGUGUCUAAUCUGCACCAUUCUUUGUGGAGUUUGGGAAUAUACUACCGGUCGAUAUUUUACAAUUUAUUUGCCUUGGGAUGAUGUUGUGCCUAGUCCAGAAGAAAAAGGAGCGAGACAAAUUGCAUUGAUCGCAUUUCUCAUGUUUUUCUCUUAUAUAAUUCUAUUGAACACAGUUGUACCAAUUUCAUUAUAUGUCAGUGUUGAGAUUAUCCGAUUUAUUCAUUCUUUAUGGAUUAAUUACGAUCAACAAAUGUAUUAUGAAAAUGGUGAGAAAAGUGUGGCCGCCAAAGCGCAUACAACAACUUUGAAUGAGGAACUUGGACAAGUUCAAUAUGUGUUUAGUGACAAAACAGGAACAUUGACUAGAAAUAUUAUGACUUUUAAUAAAUGCACAAUCAAUGGAAUAUCCUAUGGCGAUGUUUAUGAUAAAAAAGGAAAUGUGUUAGAGGUCAAUGAUGUGAGUUCACUUCUAAAUGUUGCAUUAAAUAUAAUCCGUUUCUUUUUUCAGAAAUCCAAACCAAUUGACUUCACCUGGAACCCAAUGUCUGAAACAUCUUUCAUGUUCUACGACCAAAAUCUUGUUGAUGCAACAAAACGGAAAGUUCCGGAAGUUUGCAUGUUUUGGAGAUUGUUAGCACUUUGUCAUACAGUAAUGCCAGAAAGAGAAAAGGGUCAAUUGAUCUACCAAGCUCAAUCUCCAGAUGAAGCUGCUCUAACAUCUGCUGCUAGAAAUUUUGGAUACGUCUUCCGUGCCAGAACACCACAAAGUAUCACAAUCGAAGUUAUGGGUCAAGAAGAAACUUAUGAAUUGUUGUGUAUUUUGGAUUUUAACAAUGAAAGAAAACGAAUGUCUGUUAUUGUUCGAGAUAAUCAAGGAAAAAUCAGGUUGUACUGUAAAGGCGCAGAUAUGAUGAUUAUGCAGAGAAUAAAAUCAACAACACCUUCGAUUCUACGAGAUUCCACAACAACACAUCUCGCUGAUUUUGCCAAUAUUGGGUUAAGAACUUUGUGUUUAGCCUACAAAGAUAUCGAUUCGAGAUAUUAUGAAGAUUGGUCGGUAUGUUUCAAAAUUCACAUCGAAAUUUCCACGAAAAUUUUUCAAAUUUUUCAGAAUCGUCAUCAUCAAGCCUCUUUGGCAAUGGAAAAUCGUGAUGCUAAACUUGAUGAAAUCUCGGAAGAAAUUGAAAAAGAUAUGACACUAAUCGGUGCCACUGCAAUUGAAGACAAGCUCCAAGACGGCGUUCCCGAGGCUAUUGCCAGAUUAUCUGAAGCUAAUAUCAAGAUCUGGGUUCUUACUGGCGAUAAAACCGAGACAGCCAUCAAUAUUGCAUAUUCCUGUAGAUUACUAACUGAUGAAACCAGAGAAAUUGUAGUUAUUGAUGCUCAAACCGAACCAGAAGUUGAAGUUCAACUCAAAGACACUCGAAAUACUUUUGAAAAUAUUUUACGAACGGUGAGUAGUACUUUUUGAGUACAAAUAAAUGAUUUUAAAAAAUUCAUAAAUACCUGUUGAGAAACAGAAACCAUCCACAAUACGAAGGAGCAGUUUGAUAGACACUUAUAUAAAUGAAAUUAUAAAAUUGUUAGAUGAGGUAUUUAGAGCUAGGAUUUAAGUUUGGCUGAUGUUUAAUGAGUUUCUAAUUAUUACUAGAUGCAUGAUUCAAUUAGAAAUAUUUAAGAUUCAAAUUGAUUCAAAUUUACAGCCAACGUCUCCUGGAACCAAACCCCACAUUGAUAUUCAAACAAUUCACGAGGAUUCUGAAUUCACAUCGUCGGGUUCUGCUCGAAGUAUGGAUAGGAAUAUAAAAUCGCCAGUGGAUUUGGAAAACUUGGAGCAUCAAGAUGGUAAUGGCGGAGUUGCUUUAGUUAUCAAUGGAGACUCAUUGGCAUUUGCCUUGGGUGCAAGAUUAGAGAGAACAUUUUUGGAAGUUGCUUGUAUGUGUACAGCUGUGAUUUGUUGUCGAGUUACACCAUUACAAAAAGCGCAAGUAGUCGAUUUGGUGAAACGAAACAAAAAAGCUGUCACUUUAUCAAUUGGUGAUGGGGCAAAUGAUGUUAGUAUGAUCAAGACUGCGCAUAUUGGUGUAGGAAUUUCUGGUCAGUGAAUUUAUAUAUAUUUUUUGGAAAAAAAUAUCGAGUUUUUGUAGGUCAGGAAGGAAUGCAAGCAGUUUUGGCGUCGGAUUAUUCAGUGGGACAAUUCAAAUAUUUAGAAAGACUUUUGCUGGUUCACGGAAGAUGGUCGUAUAUUCGAAUGGCCAAGUUCUUGCGUUAUUUCUUCUACAAAAACUUUGCAUUUACUCUAACCAAUUUCUGGUAUUCAUUUUUUUGCGGUUAUUCAGCACAAACUGUUUUCGAUGCAGUUCUAAUUGCUUGUUACAAUUUGUUUUUCACAGCUCUUCCAGUUUUAGCUAUGGGAUCUUUAGAUCAAGAUGUUGAUGAUGCCUAUUCGUUACGGUAAGUAAAUUUAAACUCUAAUCUUUCAAUUAAAUUAUACGAAACAAUUUUCAGUUACCCAAAACUCUAUCUACCUGGACAGUUCAAUUUAUUUUUCAAUAUGCGCAUUUUCAUAUAUUCAGUUCUAGAUGGAAUGUUCAGUUCACUUGUGAUAUUUUUCGUGCCUUACGGUGCAUUUUAUAAUGCGGCUAGUUCAUCGGGAAAAGAUUUAGACGAUUAUGCGUCACUUGCGUUCACAACCUUCACUGCUUUGAUUGUUGUUGUUACCGGACAGGUGAAAACUUAAGACUUAGAUCUGAAAUUGACACAUGAAUAAUUUCAGAUUGCUUUUGAUACCUAUUAUUGGACAGCCAUCAAUCAUUUUGUUAUUUGGGGAAGUCUUGUUCUAUACUUUUUCGUUGUUUUCUUGAUUUAUGAAUGGCUUCCGAUGUCUUGGGUUCUCAAAACAUCCUCCUCAAUAUCAUACGGUGUUGUAUACAAAACAAUGGUCACUCCACAUUUCUGGUUUUCAAUUCUCAUGGUUUCUGUAGUGUUACUCCUUCCCGUCAUGCUCAAUCGAUUCUUCUGGUUAGACACACAUCCAUCGUUCGCAGAUCGGUUAAGAGUUCGAAGAAAAAUGGGAAAAUCUGCAACAAAGGAGGAAAAGAAACCGCAAUUCAAACGAACUGCUGCGACGAAGCGAAGUAUGCGCGGAUCGUUACGAAGUGGUUAUGCAUUUUCGCAUUCGCAAGGUUUCGGAGAGCUUAUUCUCAAAGGAAAACUUUUCAAAAAUGUGGAGCAAUUACGAGGACGUGGUUCAGGUUCCAAAAUUCAUCCGCAAGAUGAUGCCAAGCCACCACUUCUUUCAUCUGUGCCAAAAGUGAGUUCCCCACGUCAUAGCUAUGAAGCAACUUUAAUCCAAAUUUUUUUUGCAGGACUUCCAAGGCUCCUCAACAAACCCUCCAAUGUCUCUCCCCAUCGGGGAACACAAUCUAAACGUCAACACCGAAGAUUGGUAAGCCACCUUGAAAUUCUUACAUCAGGUUAAAAACUUCUAUAACUGUGUGAAGUACCUCCUCUCUAACUAUAUCUAUAGCUGUAGUAAUACUGUAUAAUAGGUCUCAUAGCGAAAAUCGUCCAUCAUAUGUCAAAGAAGCGCCGACGCCGUAUCAGGGAAUAAUUCUACGCGGUGAUGGUCAACGAGUUCGUCCAAUUCCAAAAAUCAUUACAGAGGUUUGAUGUUGUGUGUUGUGUGGCUUUCAUUUGUUUAUUUACAUAUGUUAGUGUUUGUUUUUUCUCAGUUUCUGCUUACCUUUUGUUGAGGCUGAUUUUUAAUUUUGAAAUUAUAUCAAUUUUAAAAACUUACAGGAAUUCGAACAACAACCAGACGUGAUAAUUGAACGGAUGUGA